ACAGUUUAAAAGGGAUAUGGACAAGGUGAGGAGACGGGCACACAGAAAGAGAAAGCAGAGCCAGACCAACGACUGUGAGACAUCAUGAAGCUGCAGACCGCCCUUUUGUUGGUUUGUCUAUUCAAGACAAGCUUUGCUCUUCCAUUACAGAUUGGAAUUAUUGCAAGCAACAGCAAUGAGAUCCUCAGACUGAAUGGACUAACACUUGCAACUCUUGGACAAACACAGGCAUCUUCCAUACUACCACAGUUUGUGCUGCAGCAGCAGCAGCCGGAGGUACUGUUCACACCACAGUUGGUAAACUUCAACCCUCAAAUGUCCGGUCCCUUCGGCCCCCAGGGGCCCCAGAUGUUCCUCCCCAACCAGGGCAACCAGCCUGUGUUCCUCCCCAACCAGGGCAACCAGCCUGUGUUCUUCCCCAACGGCCAGCAAGAGCAGCUUGGACCGCCACAGGACCCCAACGCUCCUAAUAUUCCUCAGCAGGCCCAAAACCCCUUUCAGAUGUUUCCGCCAUUCCAGUACCCGUCUUAUGGAUUUCCUCAGUUUCCCAGACAGCAGGGCUUCCCGUACUUCAUGCCUCCUUACCGCUAUCCCCAGCAGAGGAACCCUGUGGUGCUGCAGCCCAACAACGGUCAGCAGAGGCUGGAGAGAACCACACAGAGACCGCAGCUCCCUCUGCAGCAGGCGUCCCUGCCUAAGGUGCAAACAGAAAGAACGUGGCCCCUGGGGACACAGAAAGAGUCGACUACGAUUCCUCCUGAUCCUCGUGGCGACACAUCUGGCCCAGGGGUUGAUGAGGGCCACAACUUCCCCUUCCUGUUUGAGCCUUAGAUGUCACCUGAGAAAUAACAACAAGGAAUCUGCUCCUCGCUCUCACAACAUGUCAAAUAAAGACCUUUUUGCCAAAAUAA